CCGCAUCCCUUUGUGACGUCACGAUUCGGGUUGCUAAACAUAGAGGGGGUUAGAGAGGGCGAGAGAAAAAAGGAGAGGAGUAUAUUCCUUUCCCACAAUUUUCGGCGUAGCGAAGGCCGACGACGACUUCGAAGUUGCUGGUUGGCUCAAUCUGGGCUUACACGUACGGACGUAAUCGUUUGUUAGUGGUUUGGGGUUGAACUGUAAUUCCCACGGCAUCAAUCAAACUGCUUUUGUGUGAUUUGCCCACCUUGAACGUUUUGUGUGUGUAUGAGAAAUGUGUUGGAUCAUCGGUCUCGGCCAGCCCGCCAUAGUCGAUCGGACGCCAAUUGUGCUGGAGUCCUCAUUGGUAGUGAUGCCAUGGUGAUGGCGCCACAGCCUCCGCGUGAAUUCACCGCCGAGGAAUUGGAGCCGCUGGAACAUUGGUUCGAGAGUUGCAACGGUGCCCAGCAGGCCACUAUCGCCGUCAAGUUGCUAAGCCGGGCAAACCCUAAAGCGGCUCACCUGAUCCACUCCUUUCUCCAGCAACAACUCCUCGUCGCUAACGCCAUCUGGCGCCAGGAAAUUCAACGGGCAAAUGAUCCUGCCUUUUUGAACGGAUUACGCAACGAGUCACGCGAUGUAGCCGUCUCUCAACUGUUGCAUUACCUACCGCUGCUACGACCAGCCAACUCUGAUGGAGUCCGAGGAUACAUUCACCUCCUUCCCGGUUUGCUGGCCUCAUUCCUGGAGGACGAUCCUAACCAGGGACCUUCAUCAACGAACGGUCAACAUCAGUCGACCGAGAUUCAGCAACUUCUUACUUACGCUCUCAUUCAUCCUGCCCUUUCGCUGGAAAGUAAACGGUCACUUGCUGAGUUGAUUCGACAGCUGGACGACGAAGGAAAUCAAGAUAUGGCACUGUCGUUAUUGGAGAGUAAUCAUCAAGGCGGAUUGGACAUGUUUCCAUCGUCGGAUCCACAGUCUCCGGAUGCCUUCCAUUCGCCUAGGCAGAGGCACAAUGGCGGCCAGUGGGAUCCCUGGAGCUCGCCAAGUCCAGGAUUGGGUCCACCCAGCAGCAAACAGCCACCACCGUCCACUUGCACGAUCCAGCGCAUUCGGCGCAGCAAUAGUUUGACUCCACCGUCCAAUUCCAUGGUCUAUCCUCAAGAUCCUUGGGGAAGUAACCAGAACGAUAAUGGCCGCCUCAAGCCCAGAUCAUUGUCUUUAUCUUCGCCGGGGGAAACGGCCAACGCGCUCUCUCACUGCCCUCUAUCGCCCCAAAAUUCGCUGGCUUCUUCCGGCAGUGGUAGUGGAUCCGAUUCGAUUUACAGUGAUGACAAUCAUCGACCGUCAUCAUUUCAUAUCCCCGGAAGUGGCAUGAGAGAUGUUCCUUCGUGGCUGAAAGGUUUGCGAUUGCACAAGUAUGCUCAUUUAUUCUCGCUGCUCACGUACGAGGAAAUGUUGGCGUUGACUGAAGAGCAAUUGGAAGUGCAACAAGUGACUAAAGGAGCUCGACACAAGAUUGCGCUCAGUAUCCUUCGCCUCCGCGAAAGGCCCACGCUUUUGGCCCAGUUAGAAAAGGAGGUGGUCGACACGGGCAGUUUGCAUAACGCGUUAAGUGAGCUGAAAAACUUGCUGUCAACACCAAUUAAACCGUAUCGCGGUCCACCGGCUGACGAACAACUUUACGCUGGCAGUUUGAGUCCCUCCCCAUCGCCGUUGAUGGCGAGAGAUGACACGUCGGGGUAUUCGUCUCUUGAUGGAUCCAUGGACAAUUUGGCAGCCGCUCGCGGUGCGUCCAGUGGAUCACCGACUGCCAUGGAGUCGAGUGAUUUGUCGAAACCGCCGCCGUCAUCAACCGCGGCCGUUCGUCAGGGCCGGUCGUCCUUGGUGACGUCUGAUAUGCCUACGGUUAUUGUUUCUGCAGCUCCUGAUGUGGACAGUGCCGAGGAAGGAAGCGACACAUCGGCAGACGAUGGACUCGGUGGAAUUGGCGACAAUCUUUCGGGCAACUUUCGCUCCGCCUUCGGGAGCGAGUUGGAGUUGCUUGGCGGGCCGACUCACCUGUCGCUUGACGACCUGCCGGGCCAAAUUACUCGCCUUCUGGGCAAAAUUUGCACGCAGCUUUUGGUAUCGUCUUGCCCGGCUGAAGAGAAUGUUAGCCAGUUUGUGGCUUUGAUGGACCGUUGCCUGAGUCACGAAGCUUUCACCCAACGUCAGCGUCGUCGUAUUGCUUCAUGGAAAGAACAGGCGCAUCGCAUCUGGAACAAUUUGCCGCCUUCGGGUAAUGGUGGCAGCACCAGCGUCAGCCGCAAUAGCUGCGGUAGUAGUAACAACGCUAUAGUUAAUACUACAAACAACGGCGGUAUCGGCAGCGUCGGCAGUGGUGGGCCACAAAAGAGUUCCGAAACACGUUUCGCCCGUCGAUGGAGCAAUGUUGCUCAUUACCCUGGAUUUUACAGCGCCGAUGCUGGCAGUAGCGCUGCCCAGUCUUCUUUUGGAUGCGCUCCACCGAAUGCCUAUAGCCUCUUUCCACCGAGACAGCAGCAGCAAAGGGGACAAGGUCUCCAUCCGAGCCCGUGCCCGAGUCCCAGUGUAGCCCGGCCUUUAUUCGCUGGACAGAGCCCCACCCAUAAUUCUUAUGGGCAACACACACACCACGCAGUUGCUGGUAAAUUCGCUCUUUUGUUUGUUUUUUUCUUUCUUAAAAAUAGUUGUUUUGUAAAAACUCAAGGAGGUCUGAACACGACUCAAAUGCGACCCGGCCUGGCGCCAACCCCGUCACUGCCGCACAACAAUCCGCAUUCCCUUCAAGUGGGAUCGCAUUUACCGCUGCAGCAUCGCAAUAGUUUCUGCGUCAGCGCCUUGUCGCAUCAAUCGUCGCUCUAUUCGUCCUCUUCGUCGUCUUCUUCGUCGUCAUCGCAAACAGCGCAGGGUUUUUCUUCUCUGUCCUGCGGCGUUGCACCCGACCCAUUCACUUUCUCUCCGCCACACCGGAUGCAUUUUGAUGAACUUCCGUCAGAGUCGCCAUUUGCCAGCCAGUUGGGGAUCCAGCGGGCCAGGUCAGCCCCUAUGGCUAAUGGUGUCAUCGGCAUCACUGACUGUUUGUUGUUUAGCCAAGAGCGAGAUGCUUCCGAAAUGGAUUUGAAUCACCGCCUCGAGUCGCUUUGCCUCAGUAUGACAGAACACGCUCUCGAAGGGGCUAACGACAUCUAGAGACGCCCUUUUGCUUUCUCCAGACAGUAAAAAAAAAAAAAAAAUUAAGAAAAAAAAAUAGUUAUAAUAACUCUUUGGUCACAUUUGUACAAUCUGCUCAAUCAACUGUAUCCUCGCUCCUUCCCUCCCGGUUUUUUUUACACACACACAUACCACGUAUAUAUGUAUACACACACGUACACAUACACACACAGAACCCUUUCUCUUUCCACUCUUCUCUAGUUUCUCCUUUUUUUUUUUUUUUCAUUUUUGCUCCGUUCCAGUUAUUUUGUUUUUCAACAGUCAAAACAUUUCGCGUGAUGUGGUGGCGGAUUGAUAAUUUUUUUAAAAGUACGUUUAUAUUGAGGCUAUAUUUGAAAAUGACGUUAAAGAAUUCUAAUAUUAGAUGUACAGAAAAAUGAUGUGAGGUAGAUUAAAAAUGGAUCUAGGUAGGACGGCGCAAAGAGAGCAAAAAGGUCGAUAUAUAUACAUCCAAUAGAGCUCAAUUUAUUUGGUUUUCUUCUUCUUUUCUAGUACACUUUCUCCAUCAUCUUCAACCACCAUUUAAGAGAAAAAAGAAAAAAAAAAAAAUUGGAAAAAAAAAGAACCAACCGAAGUCUUUGUAUUAUUGCGCGUGUUCGUUUCUCUUUUCCCUCCGUUUUCUUCAAUCUCUCUUUCCAAAAUGUGUUCUCUUUCUCUCUUUCAAAGCUGACGUAGUACGUGCCGCAUUUUGCAAUAUUUUUCUCGUCUCCAAACAAAAAUUAAGAAAAACAAAAAAAUCCGUUCGUUGCAGCGCAGCAGAUCGGCCCACACACUUUUACACACACGCCGUGUUCGUCUCUCGAUAGUGUUCUAUUGUUAUUAAACUUUAUUAUUAUAAAUCUAAGAAAGAAACCGUAGCGAAGAAAUAUCGUUCAUUGGAAAAGGGAAAGAAGAUGCAAAUUUAGAAUUUGGAUUUUGUUCCCCCAAGUUAUUCAGCAGUAAUUUUUUUUGUGUGUGUGUAUGUCACUCUCUUUCUCUCUCUUUUUCUAUGGGGUUGUAAUAAUAACGCUUGAAAGCUAUAUGUUUGAUGGACUAUAUCUUUUCGUCGUCUUAUAUUUCCCCUUCCGUAACAAUAGGCUAAUGAUGGUCAAGCGCUCUAUUUUAAUGAUGAAAUCAAACGAUUAGGUUAAAUUUGAAUUAAAGAAAAAUACAAGACUUUUGAUUACCUA